CUGGAAGUGGUUGCCGCUGGGUUCUCUCUCUCGCUGCCUUCCACACGGUUUCUCGGGCAAACUCCGUCAGUCCCUGACUGCUUGCGGUGACAAAUACACCUGAGCUCCGGCGGCUUUCUAACCACCCGCCUCCUUCUCCUUUUCCUUCCCUCCCCCGCCCCCUCCCAAUUUCUCUUUCUCUCUCUCCUCUUUCAAUUCAUACAGAUUUUUUUUCUCUCUCUAGUCUUCCUCCCCUCCCCACCUUUCUCACUAACCAAUAGAUGCCCGGUCAGUAAUGGAGGAUUUCCUAUCAAACAUGUAGGCGAACAUUCCCUCCUUCGUUGGAGACUUCUCUUAUUUUGAAGGGGGAGAAAAGAAAGGCAAACGAAAAGAGAAAGGUGGAAGUGGGCAGAAAUAAUUGGAAAAGGAACAAUUCGGCCUAAGUACUGAGUGUGAAGCCAAAAUGUCGACCAGAACGCCAUUGCCUACAGUGAAUGAGCGCGACACAGAAAAUCACACGUCUCUUGAUGGAUAUGCUGACUCUCAAAUCCAGCCUUCCAAGUCGAGUAGCAGACAAAACCUACCACGAUGCAGGAACUCAGUGGCAUCUACGACUGAAGAGCAACCCCACGUUGGAAAUUAUAGGCUGCUGAAGACUAUAGGCAAAGGAAACUUUGCGAAAGUAAAAUUAGCACGACAUGUUCUGACGGGGAGAGAAGUUGCUGUUAAAAUAAUUGACAAGACACAGCUGAAUCCUACCAGUCUACAAAAGCUCUUUCGAGAAGUAAGGAUUAUGAAGAUUUUGAAUCAUCCCAAUAUAGUUAAGUUAUUUGAAGUAAUUGAAACUGAGAAAACACUAUAUUUAAUAAUGGAGUAUGCAAGUGGAGGAGAAGUUUUUGAUUACCUUGUAGCACAUGGAAGAAUGAAAGAAAAAGAAGCAAGGGCAAAGUUUAGACAGAUUGUGUCGUCCGUUCAAUACUGUCAUCAGAAGUAUAUUGUACAUAGGGAUCUCAAGGCAGAGAAUUUGCUUCUUGAUGCAGAUAUGAAUAUAAAAAUUGCAGACUUUGGCUUUAGUAAUGAAUUUACAAUUGGUAACAAAUUAGACACAUUCUGUGGAAGUCCACCAUAUGCUGCUCCAGAGCUUUUCCAAGGAAAGAAGUACGAUGGCCCAGAAGUGGAUGUCUGGAGUCUUGGCGUCAUCCUUUACACUCUAGUUAGUGGCUCUUUGCCAUUUGAUGGCCAAAAUUUAAAGGAACUGAGGGAGAGAGUGUUGCGUGGGAAAUACCGAAUUCCUUUUUAUAUGUCAACUGACUGUGAAAACUUGCUCAAAAAACUCCUGGUAUUAAAUCCUGCUAAACGAGGCAGUCUGGAACAAAUCAUGAAGGACCGAUGGAUGAAUGUUGGUUUUGAGGAGGAGGAACUAAAACCGUACAGUGAACCAGAGCCUGAUUAUAGUGAUCCCAAAAGGAUAGAAACGAUGGUCACUAUGGGCUUCCCGAGAGAAGAAAUCACUGAAUCCCUAGUGGGGCAGAAGUAUGAUGAAGUCAUGGCUUGUUACCUGUUAUUAGGCAGGAAACCACCUGAGUUUGAAGGCAGCGAAUCUGUAUCCAGUAGUAACCUGUGUCAUAGGUCUCGACCCAAUAGUGACCUCAACAACAGCUCCACGCAGUCUCCAGCACAUUCGAAGGUCCAGCGCAAUAUAUCAGCGAAUCAGAAACAGCGGCGGUUUAGUGAUCAUGCUGGUCCAUCGAUCCCACCUGCUGUCUCAUAUACGAAGCGAGCUCAAGCAAAUAGUGUGGAAAGCGAGCAGAGAGAAGACUGGGACAAAGACAUAGCUCGCAAAUUAAGUAGCACCACUGUAAGUUCCAAAGGAGAUGUCCCCGCAAGUCCACUGGCAGGUCUAGACAGAAAGAAAUCCACCACUGGACCAAGUAAUAACAUGCUCCCUGGUAUGACAAGAAGAAACACCUAUGUGUGUGAACGCUCUACCAUUGAUCGAUAUUCUUCCAUGCAGAAUGGAAAAGACAGCAGCCUAACUGAAAUGUCUGCUUGUGCAAGCAGUACUUCCACAUCUGUCGCAAGCCCUGCAGUGUCUUCUGGAGUACCAUCAGCUCGUCCUCGACACCAGAAAUCCAUGUCAGCCUCUGGGCAUCCAAUCAAGGUCAUGCUCCCUUCCAUUGAAGAUGGCAGUGAAAGUUACCGGCCCAGCACUGCAGCCCAAAGAGUACCUGCUGCUUCUCCUUCUGCACACAGUAUUAGCACCACUACUCCAGAUCGAACCCACUUCCCUCGAGGAAGCUCUAGCCGAAGCACUUUUCAUGGUGGACAGUUACGGGAACGACGAACUGCCACAUACAAUGGACCACCAGCUUCACCAACAUUGUCACAUGAUACUGGUGCCCUCUCACAAGCUCGAAGAGGAACUUCUACUGGUAUAAUAAGCAAGAUCACAUCCAAAUUUGCCCGCAGGGGCCUAAGUGAAGUUGAAGGCAGUGGCAGAGCUGACACUGCAAGAAGUAUGGCAGGAGAAGCAAGGGAUAGAGAAAGGGAUGACAACAAAGAUGCAAAACCAAGAUCUUUGCGGUUCACAUGGAGCAUGAAGACGACCAGCUCAAUGGAUCCCAAUGAUAUGAUGCGAGAGAUUCGGAAGGUGCUGGACGCUAAUAACUGUGACUACGAGCAAAGGGAAAGGUUCCUUUUGUUCUGCGUUCAUGGGGAUGCUCGGCAGGACAACUUGGUUCAGUGGGAAAUGGAGGUCUGCAAGCUGCCGCGUUUAUCUCUAAAUGGUGUUCGCUUUAAGCGAAUAUCUGGAACAUCUAUAGCAUUCAAGAACAUUGCAUCCAAAAUUGCAAAUGAGUUGAAGUUGUAAAGAGAAAUUGUAAUUAUGGGAUCAGGGAAGUUUUUUUGUGUGAUGUACAGUUCACUCUCAAAUGUACUGGUAUUAUUGCUGAUGUGCGUGAGUUUGGUCACUGACCCCAUUUCCUCAUACCCAAAUAAAUUAAACGGUUAGAAAUUUCCGUCGCAAUAAAGUUAUAUACAUUGUGAUUCUGAAUUGUAAAACCCAGGUCUGUAUGGCUUGUUGUGAAUUAGCUUUAAAUAAUUGUGAUCUUAUUUCCACAUGUACAGGUAAGUAUAUUGAGCAUUGUCACAGCUUAUGUUCAUAUAGUUGUACAAUAAAGAGUAAUACCUAGCAUCUACAGGUAUUGUAUAGUAGUGUCCUGAUUUAUGUACAGAAAUGCCCACAUUAAUGUGACUAGAAGUGUAUUUAGGCUUUUGUAGUCCUUUAACACGAACCAUAUUUCCAGAUGUCAGAUGAGAUUUUUGACUUCAUUGAAAUGGGAAUUAGAACGUCCCCUUUCUCAGUAAACCCACCAAAAAAAGAACAGCCAUUAUGAUCUUUUACUUGUGUUACCUACGUGCCCAGUGCUCAUCCCUCCACAUGAUUAUUUCAACUGAUAGCACAAAACAGCUUUUGGGGAAUAUUGUCUCAGGAAUUGAUAUUCAUCUUUGAGGAAGAUGGUCCUCCUCUUUUCCUUUUGUGCUGUAUGGAGCUACAAGCAUCUAUCAAGUUCAUUUUCCAAUUUCUACAAUUAAAUGGUACUGCUCAUAUGUUAAAUGUAUGAUUUCCUAUCCCACUGUAAUCAUUUGUGCUGAAACGUUUACCAGAUUUCAUGUAUUUAUUCCAGGACAGUAUACCUGUGAUGUGUGGCAUUUUAAUUAUAUUAGGCCUCCACCAAUUAAAGGUUUUUUUCCCUUUAUAACUAGUGAGGUACUAUGUAAAACCACUAGCACUCGUACAUUUAAUACUUGUUUUGUACUAAAUUAACCAUGUAGGUUAAUUGUGCAGUUGUAUUUUAUGUUGUAAUUACUGUAAUAUUAGCAUUUGAUCCUGCCUGCACUCUUGUGGAGAUUUAGAAAAAUAAUGAAAAUCUGUCAAUGUACAACUGUGAUCAGAUCUGGAACCCUGAUUAUAAGGUGAACUAAAUCUUUGUACGGUUGCAUAAAUAUACAGCAGCAUCUGAUUGAAGCUUUGGAUUGUAAAUAUUCUGUGCUGUAGCUUCAUUCCUUUGGCGGUUGUAUUUCAGAAUGACAUUGAUUUUGUUGCCUUAGAAGAUGCUGGCAAAGUUGUACUUGCACCUCCCCUUUGAUGUUCAUUGAGAGGAGUUCAGCGCAAUAUGCAGGAGUACAUUUCACUGGUGCACAAUAUUAAAAGAAACUUGAAAUGAU